AUGUCCUCAUUCUUGGACCUGUACGAACCACUAGACAUCAUCGGAAACGGGUCCUUUGGGAUCAUUAGAAAAGUGCGGCGGAAAUCAGAUGGCGCGAUCCUUGCGCGCAAGGAACUUAACUUUGAGCGGAUGAGUGAGAGGGACCGAAAGCAGAUUGUUGCGGAAGUAAACAUCCUCAAGGACCUGAACCAUGAACAUAUCGUUCGCUAUCACGAUCGCCACGUUGACCGCGACGCUGGCAUCCUCUACAUUCUCAUGGAAUACUGCGGCGGUGGAGAUCUAUCUACGCUGAUCAAACAGUCGCAGAAGCAUGGACGACCAAUACCCGAGGAUACCAUCUGGAACUAUUUUAUGCAAAUUCUACUCGCCCUGCACCACUGUCAUCACCCCAACGGACACUCUCGGUCGGGAAGCAGUGGGGAGGAGGGGGAGAAUGGGCAUCGAAGAGCCCAGAUUUUGCAUCGAGAUUUGAAGCCUGACAAUGUAUUUCUGGAUGAUGCCAACACGGUGAAACUGGGUGAUUUUGGCCUUUCAAAGGCUUUAGCUCAAGCAAGCUUCGCCAAUACUUAUGUCGGGACACCGUAUUAUAUGUCUCCGGAGUUGAUGCAGGAAAAGGCUUAUGACUCCAAAUCAGAUAUCUGGUCCCUUGGCUGUCUCAUCUAUGAGCUAUGUGCGCUGAAGCCGCCAUUCCACGAGGCAAAGACGCACUCUGAAUUGAGUGUCUUUAUCAGAAAUGCGCGCAUCCCUCCAUUGCCACGAGGCUAUAGCCAAGCACUCGCGGGAGUCAUUAAAGCUAUGCUCAACUUGAAUCCGGCAAUGAGGCCUUCUGCGGCACAGUUACUACAGCACGAACGUCUUGAGCUCUCUUUCAAAGUAUUUGAAACUCAAAAAAUGUAUGUUAUAUCUCCACAGAGUGAUGCACGACUUUCAGCGGCUGAGACGUUACCGUCAGGCUCACCGCCGCGAAAUCGCACAAAUUGUCCCUCCAAGAGAGGGAGCGCGAUAUGGCCGCGCGGGAGGCGCGAUGUGCGACUAUCGAAUCGAAACAUGCUGCGCUGA